UCAUCUCAACUGGUCUUCCCGUCGCCGCGACAGAAAGAGAGAGAAAGAGAACGAGAGAGAGGAGAUCGAGAAAAAUCAGAGAUGGACGCCAUCGACAACGUCUUCGAUCCUUUGAGGGAGUUCGCCAAGGACAGCGUCCGUCUCGUGAAGCGUUGCCACAAGCCCGAUCGGAAAGAAUUCUCGAAAGUUGCAGUGCGAACGGCGAUUGGUUUCGUGGUGAUGGGAUUCGUAGGGUUCUUCGUCAAGCUCAUCUUCAUCCCGAUCAAUAACAUCAUCGUCGGAUCUGGUUAGAUUCACCUAAGGGGGUGUUGGGAGGCAUGGAGCAGUUGCUUGGAAAGUGGUUGGUUCGUCUGGUCAUUCCUCUGUAUACUGGCUGCAGCAUCCUAAAGAGAUGAGAACGACUCCAAAGUUUAGGAAAAGUAAAAGAGAUAGUUUUGAAUGUACUCUCAGUUUUUGUUCUACAUGUUUAAGAUUUGACAGACUUGAAUUUAUGUUUUGAUGUAGAAUGACAGAAUUUCUCUUCUCUUGGAUUUAAUCUCACCAUUUGAGUACCUACGCAGCUA